AUGCUGUGUGAAACCUGCUUACAGAUUCCCCUCGACCCAUUUCUGCCUCACGAGGCUUGGGGGUCGUACCGAAACGGCCGAGCCUGGUUUGGAAACGCCGUAGUUAGGGACGGCAAGGACUGUGUCGACCAACUGCGCAAGUCAAGCGAGGCGGGAUGCCACCUGUGCACCCUCAUCUUGGGCGCGCUGGACGGUGCAGAACCGGCUUGGGCCACCAACGAGUUCACCGGCUCGGAUCACAGGCAACUGCUACACGAGCCCCGGCAACGGCGAGAAGAGGGGCAGUUGCUAGAAGCUCUUCAAAUUGGCGUGCUAAAGGAGGGAGAGGUUAUCAUCACCGACGGCGAUCGCACCGCUGGGCUGUAUUGGGAGCUUGAGAGCUUGAAUUACGGACAUAAACAACUCCCCGUCCAUGACCGAGUGGACUGCGAGAAAAACUUCGCCCUGGCAAAAAGCUGGAUCCAGACGUGCAUUCAACAGCAUGAUGCCUGUCGGUCCGGCAGCGAGCCCGAGUUCCUCCCGACCAGGUUGAUUCACGUCGGCGAUCCUGCCCAGGGGAAGCCUCCGCGUCUCGUUCUCACUGCCCACUUCCCCUUUCCCGAGCAAACUCAUUAUCUCGCGCUGAGUCACUGCUGGGGGACGGACAGUGGAAAGACAGUGACCAAGACGAUGACGUCCACGCUAUCCGCACAACUCGAGCGUAUCGAUGCCGAGAGCUUGCCUAAGACGUUCCGCGACGCUAUGGAAGUAGUCCGCCGCUUGGGCUAUCACUAUCUCUGGAUCGACUCUCUCUGCAUCAUACAGGAUGAUAAGAAAGAUUUUGAGGUCGAGUGCAGCAGCAUGCACCUUGUCUACUCGCAAGCGUUAUGCACCAUCGUAGCCGCAGAUUCACCGGACGGAGACGGCGGCUGUUUUGUCCCCCGGAACCCUCUCAUGGCCAAGCCGUGCGUUGUGACCCUCAAGAAUCUCCGUCGCCCUUACUACCGCACCAACGGUAUCAUGGACGUCAUCCGAGGUCGCUUCCCCAAUGAGCCCGACGAAGCCCAGGUUACCAUCUACCCUAACUUCGGCCCCUGGGUCCAGGGCAUCCAGCGCGGCCCCGUGUUCCGACGCGGCUGGUGCCUCCAGGAGCGCGAGAUGAGCCCGCGCGUGCUGCACUACACCAGGGACCGCCUGAUGUGGGAGUGCCGCGAGUGUACCGCGUCCGAGGACAAGCCCGAGCUGGCGGCCAAAAAACAGACGAACGAGUCGCUAGCGGCCCAUCUGUCCAGCGCCCGCUUGCUGGACGAUAAGGACCUGCACGCCGUCUCCAAGCUGGCCAGCCGCGUGCAGCUCAAGUCGCACAAGUGGGACAGGCUGGUCGAGGCCUACUCAAGACGCCGGUUGUCGGUGGCCACCGACAAGUUGCCGGCUAUCUCGGGUAUGGCACGGGUCCUCGCGGAACGCCAGCCCGAUGAGUAUUUCGCGGGGAUCUGGAAGGGGAACUUGCUCAAGGGCUUGUCGUGGUUCCCGCACAAGUCUCGCGACCCGGCGCUGGCGCUUGUCCCUGCCGAAUCCUGGCCGCCGGGCCCGGUUGAUGCCGGAAUCCCAUCGUGGUCGUGGGCCGCAUACGACGGUCCUAUCACGUUUGUGGGCGAUUCGUGGUUCAGCGGCGGAUGGAGUACCAUCGUUGGUCCUGAUGGGAAGGACCAGUGGGUGAAGAGCGGACCUGAGAUUAAGGUCGAGUCCGUCUCGGUAACGCACGACAGCAUGGACACGUUUGGGAGGGUUGCCGGGGGAGAACUUCUCCUCGGGGGGUGGGUAGCCGGGUUAAUGCUGAAUGAAGCUUGCCUGAUCGAGUCGGAGACUGCAGGUCAGUCGAAGAAACCGCCAUUUGCAUCCAAGUGUUACAGCGUUCCCGUGGACGAGACAGCGACGGUUACAGUCUUCUUUGACUACGACGUAGCGGAACUGCCAGUUGACACCACUGUUCUCUGCUUACAGCUUGGGACCGGAAUCAGCGUCAGGGGUGGGAAUCCAAAGGCGGAUACGGGGUUGGCACUGAUGGUGGCAUCAGCGGGAUCGUUCCGAAGGGUAGGCAUGUUUGAAAUUACGGGCAAUAAGUCGCGAUGGCACGAUAUGAGAAAGCGGGAGAUUGUCCGGAUUGUCUAG